CCGUCCCCGAAGAGGACUCUGCCGCCGCCUCUUCUUCCUUUCCCAUGUCUGGCUCCGCCUGGUGGCCCUGGCUAUCCGAGAGGGAUAUUCCUCCGUGGGGUCUGGGCCGGAUGCGCCUCCUUGCACCGAAAAGCUGGAAAGGGAACAGGCAUGCAGAUGCCCAGCUGUUACGGCACAAAAAGCCGUAAUAAAGUCUUAGUCUGCGCUUAAGAAAACCAGGCCCAGCACUACCCAAACUUUUAUCCACAAAGUUGCUGCAAAAGGGUCUCUGAGGAAAGCUGCUUUCUAUUCAAAAUGCAUUCUCUUUAUACUGAGAGGUGAUUUUACUUGAAAUAAUUAGUUGGGCCAGAUUUGAAUAUCAUGCUAAGCGUUGUUAGCUUUGACGUGGUUUGGUGAAUAAGCCACAACCAAGACAAACCAUCUUUUGUCAUAUUACGGGAGUCAAUCCUGCCUCAUAGGACUAUCAGUAUUAGUUGAGUUUACAUCCUACUAAGCCAUAAUAUAUUUUGAUUUUGGUCUGUUGUGAUGAAUGAAUUCAGCCUUUGUGGCUUGUGACUGGUUUAUGACUCAGGUUUAUGACUCAGGAUGUAAUGUUAACAUAGCUAAUACUGGUGUCAACAAACUGUGAUUAAGACAAAGGGAUAGUGUGAUGCAUGAGUCUGGCUAUUUUAAUUUCAGAUCUUUUAGAUACAUUUAGCAGCCUUUGAAAAUGAAGUAUCUCCACUUUCAGAACAUCAAGAUGGGAGAAGAUGAAAUGAAAACUUUGCUAUCAAAGAAUGACCAAUUGGACAUACAUUGUUCAUAUAAUGUACAAGGUACUCCUCUGAGCCCCAAGGGAAAAGAAAGUGGUUGUUCUUGGAACCAGACAAGACAAUGGCACCUCCUUCAUCAGCCUUCCCAUCUUCCUCUGGAUUCAUUUAGCUACUGUGCUAAAUGCUUGACCUUUGUUUGGAACACAGCCUUCUCCAUUAUAGGAUUAUUCAUUUUGGCCAUAGGAAUCUGGGGUCUCUCAGAGAAGGAAUCACUGGAAAGUGAGCGAAUAGCAUAUUUGGGCAGUGACCCCAUGCUUUUUUUUGUAUUAGUGGGAUUAGUAGCUACUUCUAUAUCCCUUUUGGGCUGUACUGGAGCCCUCUUUGAAAACACUUUUCUUCUGAAGCUUUUUACUGGAGGAAUAACAACCUUUGUGAUUUUGGAAGUUUUGAGUGGAAUUGUUCUUUUUUCUCUGAGACACCACAUCAAGGCCUCCUUGCAAAAUUCUCUUAUGGUGGCAGUGUUACACUACCAGGAUGACCCAGAUCUCCAAUUUAUUAUGGAUGAAAUUCAAGCAGGCCUCCAGUGCUGUGGAGUAGAGUCUUAUCUGGACUGGAAAACAAAUUUGUAUUUUAACUGCAGUUCUCCAGGUGUACAAGCCUGUGGCGUUCCUGCAUCGUGUUGUCUGGAUCCCCUGGAAAAUGGUACCAUCCUGAAUUCUCAAUGUGGCUUUGGCACCCUGGGCCUGGAGGAGUUUGUAGUUCAAAGCACCAUCUAUCUUGGAGGUUGUGUUCCCCAGCUAAGCAGAUGGCUCAACAGUCACACAGGAACGAUAAGCUUGUUUGCUAUAGUUCUGAUUGUGAUUGAAGUAGGUAGCUUGUUUUUGGCCACUAAGCUCCUGGCAGGCAUUGCCUCUGCUCUGACUCACCAUUAUAGCGGGAAGGAGGGCGUGUAUUAGCUCUCGUAUUGCUGGAGAUGGGUUUUCUCGUCAUCUUUUGGAGAGUGUAAAUCUUAAGUAUUUUAUAAUUCCUUUCAUGCUGGUUAAUUUAUCCAUGAUAAAAUGGAUAUUGGUUUUGUAGGAGAAAACAAAAGCUGCUUUUCAUAUAUGUAUUUAUUUUGCUCAUUCUCCUACUCUCCUCCGUUGCCUUGAUAAUUCCUUCCACCUCUUCGUUUUAUACACUCACCCUCUGUACUUGUAAGCAUGGUCAGAAGAAGAGGAAUAAUGUAGCAGAAGACCUUUGCAUCCAGGCUACUCCCCUAUAAAUUUAGCAACUAAUUUUCUGUAGUCAUUUCUAAAAGCCAGUUUCUAAGUUGGAUAUGAGAGCUAUUUCCAAUCCAAGUACUGGUUUCCAAAAAAGAAGCAAAGACAGUACACUCUGAUCCUUCUGAUUCUUUCUCCCACUUUUCUGAAAUGAAAAUAAUUCAUAGUUGCAUGUUGUAGCAGAUUUUUUUUUAACCACCAAGGAGUUACCGAGGGGCCAAAUGCAAAGGGCAAAAAUGCCAGCACUUUGCCAGAAGCUCA